CAUCGCAAUAGGAGCGCUGAAGGUUAUACCCCUCUCUUUUUAUUGACGCAACUACAUCCCUCCAACUAACACUGGCCUGUAGGCGUGUCUCUCAUCACACAAGUGUUCUAUACGCUUGUCUUUAUCACGCGCUACACAGACCUUUUCGGCGAAAAUUGGUGGGGGGGAUUUUUAGACUGGUGGAAUUUCCUCUUCAAGAUCUUCUACCUCUCUUCGUCAUUCUACACCAUUGCAGCCAUGCAGUUCUUCUUUCCACGGACCCGCGAGCGAGAGAAGGCCUGGAAGUUCGGCGCCAUCAUACUGGGGGGGAGCUUGCUCCUGUCACCUUUCGUGAUGAUGAUCGGUAAGCCCAAGGAGGAUUGGGGUUUUCGAGAGUGGCUCUGGGUAUUCUCCCAAAUCCUCGAAUCCGUCUGCGUACUUCCUCAACUCCUCCUCCUCCGCCAGACCACCGUUCCGACCGUCAUCACUUCGUUAUACAUCGUGUUCCUGGGCUCCUACCGCGCCCUCUACAUUCUGAACUGGAUCGUCCGCGCGCUCGACAUCAAUGGCCGGAAGCCUGAUGGUAUCUCCAUUGUCUUUGGCCUCAUCCAGACAGCCCUAUACGCCGACUUUGCCUGGGUCUACUGGACACGCCAGCGUGUCAAGCUGCGGAACGGCGGCGUUGUCGACUCCGAUGACCUGCAGCGCGGGUGGCUUCUCACUCAUAUCUUCGGCAACAAGCGUAUCACUGGGGAGCACAGCGCGGAUGACGACGAGGAGAGCGCCCCUGCUCUAGGAGGACGACGCGGGGUCAACGGUAUUGGCAUUAGCAACGGAAACAGCCGUGGUUCGGCGCCGAGAUCCAAGUGGGGUGCUCGUGGUAUCUCAGUUAGCGCCGAUGACGGUGUGCUUGAUCAUGAGCAGUCGCUGGAGGAUCAUGGAGUAACGGAGGCCCUGGAUCCGGACGCUAAGAUGCACGAUCCGGAUGACUUGGCGAGAGCCCUGGAUGACGAUGACGAUGGGUCGCCGUCGCGGGCAGGAGGUUCGGCGCCUUUACUCGGUAACUCGAGCGACAACAAGAACAACAAUGACGACAGGAGGGAUCAUGAUAAUGCUUGGGCUGAUGACUGAUUAUAGGGUGCUAGGAGGCAUGGAAUACGGAAUGACUGACGUUUGGUUUGACUCUUACGAAUGGUCAAUGGGUUGAUGGAUCGCUUUUUUCUUGGGUAUGGACUAGGCAUUAUCAGUAUUUGGUCAUAUGGACGCCCAAAUCUUUUUUUUGUCUGAUGCCAAGGUUAUUAUCAGGAAGUGACGGCCAGGAAGAUGCCGGUGGUUUCAACAUCACAAAGGAACCAGUUUCGCAAUAUCACCAGGUGAACAAGUUGGGGGGCAUAUCCACAAAGACAGAGGACUGAUAUGGCUGUGUUUUACAUCAACUUUGCAAUGUACAGGUCAAUCUUGUUAGGACGGUCGGAAGCAUUCUUGAUGUGUUACUGAAGUCUAUAUAAGGUUUGAAAAAUAAGGC